CAAGGCCCACGUGGCAGGACGCAGUAGCCGGGUGGUCGUCGUUGCCAGCAGCAGCAGCACUGCUUCAUCAGUAACCUGCAGACGUGAACUGACACACGAGGACAGGAGGGAGGCCUGACACCUCACCUGACACUGACCACCACUCACUGGCAGUCACAGCGGUAAACAAGAAAACAUGAGCAGCGCUUGACGGCUGCCGGCGGUGGAGUUCCCGACCCCCAUCAGAGGCCUGCUGCCUGCUCGUCCCACAGCACGAUCGGCACAACCACCCAUCCACCCAUCCACCGCCCGCUGCGCUGGUUGUAGUGGUGGUGGCGUGCAAGCGGCGGUGGGUGUCGACGGCGUCGUUGCUAAGUGCGCGCGGGCGAGAGAGCGCGGUGAACACUGGGAAGCACACGUGACGCCACUGCAUGAACGCCGCCGCCGCCGCCGCCGCCGCCGCCGCUAAGAGCCGCCUUACAAAACCCUCGAGAGACGACAACAGCAGCACACACACCAACAACCAUGGAUGUCUAGAGGGAGGCUGGCCGAGGAUUCGCUGUCGCUGUUAGUCGCACACCUGAGCGCAACCGUCGCUAAUCACUUUCCGACGUCUCAGACUUUUGUACUUGGGUUGACGUAGCGGUCUUGCAGGUGAGAGACACACACCUGUGACUUGGUGCCGCUAAGCCAGUGACAGACUGAAGGAUGGUUAGGGGUAGAUGGGAAGAUAGAGGAGUGCUACUCUACAAAACCUUCAUGAAGUAACCCUACUGUGGUGAACAGAACUUUCAGCAAGAAACUGUAGCGUGCUGAAACAGGAGGAGAGUGUCUUUUGUCGAGAACUUGGCGAGGUCCAUGUGAUGCUCUGAGCACGACAGUAAGGGAGGGACGAGCCUUAGCUCCUGUGGACAUCGUCAGCAUAGUCAGCUAGUAACGGACUAUAAACACCCGCACGACACCCGAGUCUUGUCACUGACACAAAGCCAGGUGCCAGUCCACAGAUGUGAACAAGUCAUCAGGUGGGCCAAUAAUUUGUGGGGUCGACUUCCGCUGACAAGGGGUCACGUGAACCAUGGAGAGUGUUGUUCACAUUAUGGUGUGGGACUAACGGCUACAGGUGAGACUGCCAGUCAGUCAGGUGUCUACAUACUGAGCAGCUGCUUGGCUAAAACAAUAAGAUGAGAGUUUUGUCACAGUUAACCCUUUAGUGGUGGGCGGCUCUAUCGGUCCUAUUAUAGGGCUAGACUUGCUCGUGCUACAGCCUCCUCGAGCCUCGCCAUCCACGAGCUACAUACUGUCCACAGCCUCGGCAGCUGAUCACCCAACUGACGGUGCAGCUCGUUGCCAGACGGGGGUCAGGGGUGAAGCACCACACAGGUCUGCACACCAGCGCCGGCACCACGACCCUCCACGGCCUGUAGCUGUGAUCACGUGACCACCAUCAGCUGUGAUCGCGUCCGUGACCAGGGCAGCUGCCGCCACCUUCACAUCCUGUGGGAGGAUUCCAGACGAGGGGCAGUCACGUGGUUUGUUGCUUCUGACCCAGCGGACGGUAGUUUGGACCACCUAACCACUUUGCUGUGACGAGGACCAAGGGGCCAGAAGACAGCAGUCUGCCCACCCCUCCUCUCCCAGCGAACUUGGGGAGGACGACAGUCACAACAGUCACAACAGUCACAACACCGACAUCAAAGCCCUCAGUCACCGCCAGUGCACUCACUGGCCGCAUGCAUCGGGCCAUCAGGAGGACAGCCAUCCACACGCACGUCCAGCCAGCCAGCCACAGGGCCAGCCAGCAGCAGAUUUGAACAAGACUAACGACAGCGAUGAACUCGACAACCUCUGUGACUCCGGAGCAAAGCGGCGGGGGGGAGAGCCACUUCCUGAGCACCGGCGAGUUGUGGUCCCUGAUCGCCAUGCUGUCAGUCUUCUCCCUUACGGGCAGCGUGGGCAACGCCAUCGCCCUCUACGUCUUCUCCAACCUCAAGCAGAAGCUGACGUCCACCAUCUUCAUCCUGGCGCUGGCGGGCACUGACUUUCUCACCUGCCUGCUGACCAUCCCCUUCACCAUCGCCGUGGAGGCCCUGGACUUCAAGAUGCAGGUGGACUUUUUCUGCAAGCUCUACCACUUCCUCAUCACCACCACCGUGCCCUUCUCGGCAUUCGUCAUGGUGGCCAUCGCGGUGGACCGCUACCUGUGCAUCUGCCACCCGUUCCUGCACUGGAUGACCGAACGGAGAGCCAAGUUCAUCAUCGCUGCUCUCGUCCUCUUCACCUUUUUCAUCGGCGCCAUCGUGUGCGUGCACUACUCGGUGUACGGGGAGAAGGACAUCCCCCUGCCCAACACCCCCAGCACGUGGACCACGCCCCACACCCCGGGUCACGCCGUCUUUCACACGCUACCCGGCCUGGGCCAUGCGCUGAACCACACGCUGCAGCCCGCCUACAACUUCUCCCUCGCCCACCUGGCAGGAACAGGAAGUGACAUCAGCGCCGAGCCGUCCUUCACGUCAGGUUUGUCGUCGUCCUUGUCGUCGUCCUCCUCCUCGCCGCCACCAAAGCCAACGACAAGCAUCGGAGAGGGGGAGAACCUGACGGUGCGCGCCAUCACCCACAUCUUCUGCGACCGCCGCAAGGACACCAUCGACAUCACCUUCUUCGACGCCUUGCAGAGGAUUUACUCCGCCUUCUUCCUGGUGUCGUGCGUGUCCGUGCUGGUGCUCUACUCCCUCAUCUACCGCUCCGUCAUCGCGCAGCGCCGCAAGAAGCUUCGCAUCCGCUCCGCCACCUGCUGCUUCCUGUGGGACGGGCCCGGGGUCAGCAAGGGCGAGCCCUCCGAGGUCACCACAGCGCUGGAGCUGUCGCAGGCCAAUGGCGAGCACACCAAGAGCCGCGCCGACGACGCGGCGGCGACGGAUGAGCUGCGCGCGCCCUCCAACGGCUCCAGUCGUGCCGCACCCACCUCGCGCACGCGCCUGGAGAGGAUGCGCAUGGCCAACAUCAAGACGGCGCUCAUGCUCUUCGUCGUCACGCUCGUCUUCAUCAUCUCCUUCUUGCCGGCCUGGCUCAUCGCCCUGGAGAUUGUCAAGCUGCCUGUCAUCGUCUUCUACAUGUACUUCUUCUACAACGUCGUCAACCCCAUCAUCUACGCCUUCAUGAACCAAACCUUCCGGGCCGAGUUGCAGAAGCUGUUCGCGUGCCGGCGCUGA